AUGGGAAAAGACAGAGGAAGUAAAGUGCUAUGCUUCUUCGAGAACCCGUGCAAUGGAUCCAAGUUAAUCUGUUUCAAGCAAUUUGCAGAAAGUGACACUCUCAUUUUCAUUUUUGAGAACGGUGAUGUAGUUGCCGCCCUGCUUCACGAGGAAGCGGGUGAUGACUUCUCCUUGGAGAUUGUCGGUCUGUUGGAUACAAAAUUGAAAGCAGCGGAGUGGUCCCCAGAUGAAGAAAUUCUUGUGUUGAUCACAUACACUUCUAAAAUGAUUCUUCUCUCGAGAUCUUUUGAACCCAUUUUAGAGUUGCAACUCGAUGCAAUGGAUGCUGAUGAAGUUGCUGUAUCCAAUGUGUCAGUGGGUUGGGGAAAGAAGGAAACUCAGUUUCAGGGACGUGGAUUCAAGGCGCUUGAAAGGGAGCGUGAAGCUCUUAAGUACGCAGGUUUGGACUUGCAGGAGACGUCAGAGUUACGCGAUCCCACGGUGAGAGCAGAAGAAAAAGGUGAUCAUUCUCGCUGGGAUGAUGGGGAAGUUUACAUCGCCUGGAGGGAUGACUGCAACGUGUUUGCUGUCUCACUGAAAAGAGACGAGAACUCCGAAAAAGGAAGGCGCCUUAUUCGCUUUUUCAGUAGGGAUGGAAACCUCGAGGCAGUCUCUGAAGCAGUCGAUGGUCUACAGGUACCAUUAUGUUGGAAAUCACAAGGAAAUUUGCUUACCGCGCUGAGAGAUUUGCUCGUGGAUGGGACGUCUAAGCAUUCGCAAAUUAUCUUUUUCGAAAGAAAUGGACUUCGACAUGGUGAGUUUCUGAUUCUAAAUGAAAAGAUCAUUGAUAUUUCAUGGUCAUGUGACGGAGGUAUCCUAGCAAUACUUUAUCAUGAUAGAGCCCAAUUCUGGACCACGAAGAACUACCAUUGGUAUUUGAAGCAAGAGAUCAAAGCAGAUGAGGAGGAACUGUUUACCUCUGUAAGGUUUCACCCUGAAAAGGCCUUCACCGUCAUCUUGACAUUGAUGCUGCAUCUGAUCAAGGUAUUGACGUUCGCCAGCGUCAUUUGUGAUGGCCCCUCAGUAAAAGGUUUGGAUGAGGGAAUCGUGAAUGUUAUUGACGGCUCUAAAAUCAAGCUAACAGCUCUUGCAAUUGCGAACAUUCCUCCUCCAAUGGCCAUUGAUCCCACGGACGGCGCAGUUCGUUUUGAACAUGAAUUACCUUCCAAGGCUGUGAAAAUGAAACCUACGGUAGAUUCUAGAGCCGCCUUGGUAGAGUUGUAUGAUGGGUCGUUGCUCGCUUUUGAUGCACAGGGAGAGCUUGAUGGCAUCAAGAACUUUUCUCAAUUGUGUCUCCAGAUGGAAGGCAUCAAUUUCGAAAGCCAAGAUGGAAGUGCUCUCGUGGCUUUUGGUUUGUCAGAAAGCGGAAAGCUAUUCUGUGGCAAUAGACUUUUGGCCAAUGGAGUGACCUCGAUCAAACUCACUGACCAAUUUCUUUGUAUCACUACCGCACAGUCUAAGCUAGUUUUUGUGCACUUAGAAAACUUAUUGACGGCGGACUUGUCAUAUAUUACUCAAGGAGACUUGGACGAUGAGAGAACCCGCGAUAUUGAGCGUGGGUCAAUGUUGGUGACAGCGAUUCCAUCCAAAUAUUCAGUCGUUUUACAGGCCCUGCGUGGUAACCUCGAGACAGUUUUCCCACGUAUCAUGGUGCUACAAGCUGUGCGCACUUUCAUAAAGAACAAGUGCUACCUUGAAGCCUUCAAAGCUUGUCGAACUCAUAGAAUCGACUUGGAUAUUCUUCACGACCUUGACCCGACUGCCUUCGAGAAGAAUGUCGCACAUUUCAUCAAUGAGAUCAAGAAAGUGGAGUACCUUGAUCUCUUCGUGUCUUGCCUACAUGAGGGUGAUGUAACAGAAAGCAAAUACUCCGACACUCUCAAAUUGGAAGAGAAACGCAAUGAUGUGAACACGAACCACCCAAAUCAAGGGCAGCUCGAUGGCAAAAAAGUCAACAAAAUUUGCGAUAUUAUUUUGCAGGAAGUUUCCCGAGAUGUUUAUUCUGAUUCUUAUUUACAGGUUCAGAUCACAGCGCUUGCAUGCCAAAGGCCUCCGCAAGAUAAGGCUGCUCUCGAACUUGUGUCGGGCAUAGCUGACACGACCGCUCAAGAUAAUGCUUUGACACAUCUUUGCUACCUCAGAGAAGCUCUCAAAUUAUAUGAUGAAGCAUUGGGCAUUUAUGAUGUGGAUCUUGCACUCAAGGUCGCACAGAAAUCACAAAUGGACCCAAAGGAAUAUCUUCCGUUCCUACAAACGUUGUAUGAUGCUUCCUUAGCCAGAAGAAACUUUUUGAUCGAUGAUCAUUUGAAGCUUCACGAAAAGGCGCUCUCAUGGUUAUUUCAGCUAGCGGAUGAAACUUUUGAGGAGUUCGAGACUUACAUGAUAUCCCACAACCUCUAUCGUACAGCAUUACGUCUCACAAAGCAUAUCGAGCUGGCUCGUAAUCUGAUACUAAAACAUUUUGCAAAUCACCUUGCUAAUACAAGGGAUUUCGCAGAAGCUGCUAGACUCUUCGAAUUUCUCGAUGAAAGUCAAAUGGCUUUGGAUAAUUUCAUAAAAGCCAAACUUUGGAAGGAGGCAUUGUCAAUUGCAAAGAAAAUCAAAAAUAUCGAGGACUAUCAAGCGGUUGCUCAGACGCUUGCAAUAGAGCUAGAGGACGACCGAAACUAUGCAGACGCUGCUACGAUACACCUGGACUUUUUAGAUAACAAGGCUCAUGCUGUCAAACUAUAUUGCAAAGCCUUUGACUUUGAUACAGCAUUGCUCACCGCGAGGAUUUCAAGUUCGGAAUCGAUGGAAAACACCUUCAUCGAGGAGGUCAAAGAGUCAUUUGGAAUAAUGUCAGAGCUUCUCGCUGAUUGUAAUGGUCAGCUCAAUUCGCAACUUAAAAGACUUCGAGAGAUCAGAAAGAAGAGAGAGGUUGAUCCGGUUAACUUCUAUGGGUCUAACGGUUUUGUUAUGGAUGCUCCAGAUGAUGUGUCGGUGGCCCCGUCAGAUGCUUCUACUACUCAAUCCUUCUUCACCAGGUAUACCGGCAAAACAGGUGAAACGGCAAGAACUGGGGAGUCCAGAAGGACACUGAAAAAUAAAAAGCGAGAAGAGCGUAAGCGUGCGAAGGGAAGGAAGGGCACCGUGUACGAAGAAGAGUAUCUUAUCAGAUCUGUGGGAAGAUUGAUAGAAAGGUUGGACUCGAGCAUCAAUGAUGCCGAAAAGUUGGUGAAUACCUUAUUGCGGAGAAGUAUGUGGGAAGAGGCUCAUCAAAUUUGGCGCCUGUGGAACACUGUCACGGAAUUUUUGGAGCAAAACAUCAACGAGAUCCAUGAUGUAGCAAGCAGCGAUAGGGAAAGAAUCGACGAGAACGGGCAGAUAUAUUUGGCUCCAGAGAUUCCCAUCCCGGUGAUCCGCCACUUCCCACGCUUCCAGGCAUUGGAUUUUUAA